AUGGAAAACGAAGAUGUUGAGAAUUAUGUAGAUUACUUUCGAAUGCCACCUCAAUUAUUUAAUAAAUUGUUGAAGUUAAUUGAACCAAACAUUAUCAAACAAAAUAUAAUUCGUGAUCCAAUUCCAUCGCACACUCGUUUGCAAGUGAUGUUAAGAUAUCUGGCUUCGGGUGAUAGUAUGAAAUCGCUAUCUUAUGCUUUUCGCAUUGGACACAGCACCGUCGUAUCACAAAUAAUAACUGAAACAUGUCAUGCGGUAUGGAACACGCUGAAGGACUUAGUUUUUAUCGCUGACGACGAAGAGAGUUGGCAAGUUGUAGCUGAUAAAUUUGAAUCCCUGUGGAACUUUCCUCAUUGCAUAGGUGCCAUUGAUGGAAAGCAUAUUGCAAUUCAAGCUCUACCACGAAGCGGCUCAAUAUACUAUAAUUAUAAGGGUCAUCACAGUAUCACGUUACUAGCAAUAAGCGAUGCCAAGUAUUGUUUUACAAUGGUGGAUAUUGGUGCAGAAGGAAGGCAAAGCGAUGGAGGAAUUUUUAGGUCUAGUGAAAUUGGCAAGCGUUUUGAAGCUCAAACAUUUAAUAUACCUCAGGCAAAGCCAUUAGAACCUGGCGGACCAGCUUUACCGUUUGUUUUGGUGGCAGACGAAGCUUUUCCGUUAUCUAAUUACAUGAUGAGGCCCUAUUCACGUAAUGGACACCUUGAUAUCUCCAAAAAAGUCUUUAAUUAUAGACUUAGCCGAGCUAGACGAGUAGUGGAGAGCGCUUUCAGAAUUCUAGUCGCUCAUUGGAGAAUAUUUCGAAAGCCACUUAUUGCAACGGUCAGUAAUGCAAGAUUGAUAGUGCAAGCAGCUGUUGUUUUACACAAUUUUAUUCUACAAAACGAAGAGAAAUUGACAGGAAAGAAAACGUAUACCCAUCAACCUUUCCAAGAUCUACAUGAGACCAGCAAUGGAAUUUGUGACACAACAGUUCACCGUGUGAACGAAGUAAUGACUUAA